AUGAUGGAAAAGAUGAAGCAAUUGACCUUGAUAUCUUAUAUCCGUCUGUUGCAGAACUCCAUCAAUCCAAAAUCUCUGACGGACGUCAGGCAAGCCCAUGCCCAUUUGAUUUCCAAUGGCUACAUGCUGGGCGUUUUCCUGGGUAACCGCCUCAUUGACAUGUAUGUCAAGUGUGGCAGUAUUGUGGAUGCAUGCCAUGUGUUUGACAAAAUGGCUCAACGAGAUGUAACAUCGUGGAACAGUUUAAUUACUGGAUACACGAAAACUGGAGAUUUGGAGAAUGCAAGAAAGUUGUUUGAUAAAAUGAUCAGAAGAGAUGUGGUGUCUUGGACUGCUCUGAUUUCUGGGUAUGAUCAGCAAGGCCACAAUGAGGCCGCCUUGAGGUUUUUUUCCCAGAUGGUCCAGUCUUGUACUAAGCCAAAUCAAUUUACGUUUGCCAGUGCUCUGAGUUCGUGUGCAAGCCUUCUCGCUUUCAACUCUGGGAAACAGGUACAUGGAUAUAUUGUUAGAACUGGUUUCGAAUCUGAUGUGUUUGUUGGUAGUGCUCUUAUUGACUUAUAUGCGAAAUGUGGAAGUUUGGAUGACGCCCGCCGAGUGUUUGACAAAAUGCCUGAACAAAGUGCAGUAUCGUGGACUACCUUGAUGGUGGGAUAUGCCCAAAACCAAUCUGGUGAAGAAACUCUGAGACUGUAUUGUAGAAUGCGGAGGGCAGAAAUGAAGCAAGACCGUGUUGCGUUAGUGAGUGCGCUAAUCGCCUGUGGGAGUUUGGCCUCUUUGGUACACGGUAGAAUCGUUCAUGCCAAAGUAAUUACAACUGGAUUUUGUACAGAUUCAUUUGUGGGGAAUACCGUUGUCGAUAUGUAUGCCAAAUGUGGAGCAUUAAGGGAUGCUUGCCAAAUGUUUGACAGAAUGUCUGAGUGGAAUAUAGUGUCAUGGACUGCUCUGAUUGCUGGUUAUGUUCAGAAUGGUUAUAGUGAGGAAGGUUUGAAACUAUUCCAGAAAUUACUAUGGACAGAUGUUAAACCCAAUCCGUUUACCUUUGCAAGUACUUUAAGUGCUUGUGCCAGCCUUGCACUGUUAGAGCUGGGCAAGCAACUCCAUGUCCAUAUCAUUGGAACUGGACAUGAAUCAUUUUUAACCGUUGCGAAUUCUCUUGUUACUGUGUAUGCCAAAUGUGGGAGUAUAGAUUAUGCAGCUCAGGUUUUUUAUAAUAUAGCCUGUAAGGAUUUGGUAUCAUGGAAUGCCAUGAUUGCUGGAUAUGCCCAUAAUGGAGAUGGCAAGGAGGCUCUCCAAGUCUUUGAAGUGAUGUUACAGACAGACAUGAAGCCAGAUCAAAUCACUUUCCUUGCCAUUCUGACUGCGUGUUGUCAUGCAGGACUAGUGGAUGAAGGAUGCUACUAUUUUGACCUGAUGAGAAGGAAACAUAAUACUUUCUUAACCAAUGACCAUUAUGCCUGUAUGAUUGACCUUUUGGGCCGAGCUGGCCGAAUUUGUGAAGCAGAAGACAUUAUCAAUAAUAUGACUAUUGAACCUGAUGCUGUGGUGUGGAAAACUUUGCUAGGUGCCUGCAGAAUUCAUGCCAAUGUGGAAGUGGGAGAACGAGCAGCCAAACACCUUAUUAGUUGGGAACCAGAAACUUCUUCAACUUAUGUGCUGCUAUCAAAUGUAUAUGCAGCAGCCAGUAGGUGGAGUGACGUAGCAAAGGUGAGGAAAUUGAUGAAGGACAGGGGAGUGAAAAAGGAAGCCGGGCACAGCUGGAUUCAAGUCAGAGACAGGGUAUACACAUUUAUUGCAGAAGACACAUCACAUCCACAUUCAGAGCAAAUAUAUGCAAUGGUAGAGAGAUUGGCCAUGCAGAUGUAG